AACUGUUACAAAAGGAAUUCACUACCCUGAAACAAAAGAUUACUACUAAAUUACAAGCCCAACAGCAAACUAUUACCGAAACUAACACUAAACUUAAUGAAAGCAACCGUAAAUUAGAAACCACUUUAAAAGAGAAUGCUGAAAACGAGCAAGUAUUAGAAACUUUACUUAAAGAAUUUAAGGAAUUAACUGCCCAAUUAUCAUAA